GCCGAAAUUACCAGCGUUAUUAAACAUCAAGAGAAGUCACUAGACCCUCAAAAGAGGCUUCAACGGUCGAGAACACCGCAGUUAGUACGUCAGUUUUCCUGAAGCGCUAAAAUUAUCCGGGCAGAAGCAGCCAUGCCAUUUGGCUGUUUGACUCUGGGAGCGAAGAAGGAUUACAACAGUCCCUCUGAGGUUACUGAUAAAUAUGACCUGGGACAGGUAGUGAAAUCGGAGGAGUUUUGUGAAAUCUUCAGGGCAAAAGACAAGAACACAUUGAAAAUGUACACCUGUAAAAAGUUCCUGAAAAAAGAUGGGAGGAAAGUUCGGAAAGCAGCCAAAAACGAGAUCCUCAUCUUGAAAAUGGUGAAGCAUCAUAACAUCCUCCAGCUGGUCAAUGUCUUUGAGACGAGAAAGGAGUACUUCCUGUUUCUGGAACUGGCCACGGGCAGAGAAGUGUUUGACUGGAUCUUAGACCAGGGCUACUACUCAGAACGUGACACCAGCAAUGUGAUCCGGCAGGUGCUGGAGGCUGUGGCUUACCUUCACUCUCUCCACAUCGUUCACAGAAACUUAAAGCUGGAAAAUCUUGUGUACUACAACCGCCUGAAGAACUCUAAAAUUGUAAUCAGUGACUUUCACCUUGCGAAACUGGAAAACGGCCUCAUCAAAGAGCCAUGCGGCACACCAGAAUACCUUGCUCCAGAGGUGGUUGGCAGACAAAGAUAUGGCAGACCAGUAGACUGCUGGGCCAUCGGAGUGAUCAUGUACAUCCUACUUUCAGGAAACCCGCCUUUUUAUGAUGAAGCAGAUGAUGAUGAUUAUGAAAGUCAUGAUAAGAAUCUGUUCCGGAAAAUUCUAUCUGGAGACUACGAGUUUGACUCACCCUAUUGGGAUGAUAUCUCCGAUUCAGCAAAAAACCUUGUUGCAUGUUUAAUGGAGGUGGACACAGACCAAAGGCUGACUGCACAGGAAGCCAUCAACCAUGAGUGGAUAUCUGGUAAUGCCGCCUCAGACAAGAAUAUCAAAGAUGGCGUUUGUGCUCAGAUCGAGAAAAACUUUGCUAAAGCCAAAUGGAAGAAAGCUGUGCGUGUGACCACCAUGAUGAAAAGGCUCAGGGCCCCAGAUCAGAGUGACUCUGGGGCUUCUACCCCUGCACUCGGAGCCUCAGGAGGCACCACCCCUGUUCCCCUGGCUGCCACACCAGUGCCUCCUCGAAGCACCCUGGUCGCCCAGGAUAAUCCAGAGGAACAAGAGGCCUCAGUUCCAGUACGGUGUAAUGGAGAGAUGGUAACAUCCCAGCAAAUUUGUGGGGAGACAAGGGAAGAAUAGAAUAGAGGCUGACAGAGAUCAGAGAAAUGUAUUGAUAAAUAGAACAGCACCCACUCAGUUCAUAUAAAUUUAGAUUGAAAACUAAUGGUGUAGCAAAGUUCAAUUGUACUUAGAAGCUUGAUGGCCAUUUUCCAUUUGUGUGAAAUUGCUAGAAUCUAAAAAAAAAACCUGGCCCCAUAAUUGUCUAUUUGUAUUCUCUUCUGUACAUUUAUUUAGGAAAUAUUGUUUGUUACAUAUCUAAAACUUGCCAGUGAAUAACAACAUAUAUCUGAGACUUUGUAACCUAAUUUUCACAGUCCAGGACCAUAUUUAUUUCUCGCUCUCUCGCUCUCUCUCUCUCUCUCAAACAGCUGAAUGAGUGAAUGUUUGGAAUAAGCUGUUUUGAGUACUAUUGAUAAAGCACUACUAAUUGUCUAAUUAAACAUAAGAAAGCAAACCAAAAGAAAAAACAAUAAAGCAGCUGAAUAGUUUGUCGUUAAAUCUGGCUAAUUUGGGUAAAGAAAAUCUUUGGACUUUAUGAAAAUUGACUUCCCCCUUUCAUCAGUGAGUCCUCUGAUGAGCUAACAUGUAAAAACAGAAAAAAAUGUAAUGCAAAAUAUAUGUUUGAUUUUGUUUUAAAAUGGGGUGUGUUGCAAAGAACAUAUGGAAUAGAAGCUGUUUAAACAUUUGUAAAUUACAGGUUUAAGGUUGAAUUUGGCACAGUUUAUGAAUACUAUAUGUAAUAAUCUAACAAUAAUGCUAAAAAGCACAUCUGCUUAAUUAUAAUUAAUAUCAAUUUUUCAUAUCAUAAUAUUGUCUCAUCAGUAAAUAAACUGCUGAUGUACCUCUUUAAUAGUAUAUAAUUAUCUUAUUAUCAUUAUCUAUUGUUUUUCGCACAGCUAAUAUUUUUCUUUUCGUUUGCUCUGCUGUGCAAUUAUCGUACAAGAAUUAUGUAGCUGUUUUGAUUUCCUUUACAGUCAUAUCUGUAUUCUGAAGAACACUGCAUUUUAUAUGGAUUAUCACUGGUUUCAAUUAGUCUGAUACACUGAGGUCUAAGGAUUUCCAGAACAUUCUCUUAAUGUGCAGUACAAAUGAAGCAAUAUGAAUAUUGCUGUAAUACUGUGAAACUGCCAUAUGGUGAUAAGAAGUUCCUACCAUACUUCAUACAGGUAGCCAAGCAAUUUGCUUUUGAUGGUUGUUUGCAUACUCAACAUGAUCUUACAGCUGUAUAUUAUGUUUAAAUUAAUGUAUUCUGACAAAACCCUGACUUCAUUUUUCUGUUCACGUGGAGAGAUGUAUUUAAAAUGCAACUCCUGCUGUAGCUGUAAGACAGAUGUUCAUUAUGGCCUAUUUAUUUGUUGGUAAUUGGUGUUUGUUUUAAAUGGUUGUCUUUGUGAUCACAUUGAGUAGAUGGCUCACAGGUCAUGCUAACUUUGCUAAAUAUUCUCAUUGUAAAUAGCUGCACUGAGUUUUAAUAUGUCACUAUGUAUUACUGCAGUAAUGUAAAAGAAACUCUUAUGACACUAUAAGCCUAUUUUUGUUCAGCCUUUUCCUUUAACUUUUUAUUCAAAGCUUCAGAAAAUCCAGUCAACAUUUUACAAUCUCCUCAAUUGAAAAUCAAGUCAUCAUUCUCUUUUGUUUCAUAAUGAUGCUCACAUUUGAAAUAUAUUUUCUGUUUUCAUUACCAAAAACAGAGCAGAGGCAAAAAUGUUGCCACAAGAAAUAAAUCAUCAAGCAAACUUAAGAAAUAAUAGUCGAGUGAUUCAUAAUUUUCAUGUAUUUGCCUAAUGUGUUUGUCACUCUUUGUUUGUGGCUUCUGUAAUUUGUUACUUGAUACGCAAAAUAAAUUUUUUUGG